GUCAAGGCUUCGGGGCUUCAUUCACCAUUUUGCGACUGUAGAGUAGAAUGUACAGGGCAGUAGUUUUUCCUCCUUUAAGUUGCUUUGCUGGAGGAACAUGAACCGCCGCUAACUGACAGCUGCGGACGACUGGCCCUCCUGCCGGAUUACAGCCGCGGGACAGAGAAGAGGAGCCCGGCGGGGAGCGACAGCCGCUCCCGUCUCUGCAAUAAGGUGGACAUGAGAGGAUGAGAAACGGAGCCUCCAAAAGUAAAGAAAAAUAACAAGAAAGGGCAGGAAGAGAAAGCAGAUGAACAAAACGAGGCAGAGCAAGAGAGAGGAACGCUAAAGAGAAUCCCUCAUAUAAAUAGAUAAAAAGAGUUCCGGAGGGAAAAAAGGCAAAGUAGAUGAAAAGAUGAAGCCGAUAAAAAAGCAGGGCCGGCGCUCUCCUCCAUCCACUCGGGCCAAAGGGGGUAAGCGGCGUGGAGCAGGAGACUCCUCAGAUGGAGGAGAGAAAAGAGACUCAGAUGAGAACAGAGAAAGGAGCCGAUCCCCACAAAACUCCUCCUAUUCAUCGAAUUCGCACUCAGAGUCGUCUCAGGUGGAAUCAAUGGUGAGAGAUUCUUCCGAAGGGGAGGGUCUGCACCAAGACAGCCUGUCAGACUCGAUUGUGAUGGAUUCUGGGAAACUGUUGUCGUCCUCAGAUGACAGAUCGGGUAGGCCGGUGGCGAGCGGCAGCAGCCACUGUGACAGUGGCGGCAGCAGUUCCAGUAACAGCAGCACACCGAGUGCCAACAACAGUCCCAACCCUGCCGCCAGCCGAAAAACAGCCACCUUCAAGGCCCGUGUUCCUAAGAAGAAGUACACAUCUGAACACUGCUCAUCUACUACUGCUGGUAACCAUAGCAACCCUGCCUCCUGCACGCCCCCUCCUCUUCCUCUGAGCGGCGGCGUCCUCAACCAGGGGUCAACGGGUCCAGGAUCUGACAUCAGUAUCUCGCAUUCUGAUAGCAGCAGUCAGAAUAGGAGCCUGAUGGACGACUUCCACAACAGGACAGCUGGCAGGGAGGGGCCUCAGGGAUCACCAGGACCCCCCACCCUGUCACUGGGAGUGGAGAGGGAAAGGCCCGGAGGAAGUGAAGGGGGAACAGAUGCAGAGCGAGUGUCCCCGAGCCCCCUGCCUCGCUGCUCCUCAACGGACACCGCCAGCGAGCACUCGGCGGAUCUGGAGGUGGUUGGAGAUGCACACACGCUCACACAGAUGUCUACACACACGGCGCCCAGUCUCCCCGAUGCACUCUCCGACGCCUUGGCGAAAGGAUUGAAGAAUCAGCGCAUCUUAGCUCGCCAGCUCAGGAGGAGAAGUGACGAAGAGGGAGGAGGCGAACGGAGGAAUGAAGGGGCGGGUUCAGAGCUGGUGUUCAGGGCCGGCGUGGUCCGCAAGGUCAGCGGUGAAUUUGGAAGCUUGGAGGUGCAGUUGAAUGGAGAAAAGACACUGUGCCGUUAUCCGUAUCGACACGACAGCCCCCCAGGAGUUGUGGACAUUAUCCUCGAUGCUCCACCACCUGGCGUCCAUGCAAUACCUAUUGGCACUCGUGUCUGUGUGCCAUUUGGUAAUGAAGACGGUAACGAGGGACACAUCCAGUGGUAUCGAGAGGGCGUGGUGACCCGGGUAGACACACACCCCGCAGUGGCCAACCGCUACCGUGUCCUGCUGUCUGAAGAUCGACCGCAGUCUGUGGAGGAAGAGGAAGAUGGCAGAGGUGCUCCUCAGGCUGUAUGGGUCUCCCGACAAACACUCCGGCUCUUGUUGCCACCGUGGGACCUGGGUUUGCCUUCUAGUUUGGGACAAGAGGGAGAAGAGGGGAUCAGAGAUAAAGAAAGAGAACGAGAGGAAAGGGAAGAUAUAGAUGUGGAGCAGGAGGUGUGCCGUUUGAGCCGGGGAAUGGCUCCUGGCAUGGGGUCAGUGCUAGAGAGAGGGAUACCCUACCCAGGCUUGGUUCCUGUCUCCUCCACAUCAGGUCACAACAUUACUUCUCCAGUAACUCCGGGUUCAGUCCUCAGUCUGGCCCCCGGCCGAGAGUGGGAGAUCGAAAAGGACUUGGAGCGAGAGAGGGACCUCCAGCGAAAACAGGAAAGAGAGAGGGAAAGAGAAAGAGAAAGGGAGAACACUGCCAAGCAGCAGCAUCAACAGCAUCAACAGCAGCAGCACCACCCAUACAUGCCACUUACCCCCGAAGAAGACAUGGAGGUGUCCCAUUUUAACAUGGUCCCGAUGGGGGCUAUCGCCCCUGGGGCCAAGCCCAUGACAAUUCCUCAACACCGCCACAUUGUUUCUAAGCCCCCACAUGGCUACCUCAAUCCCCACCUGUCUGUGGUGCGGGGCAUUGGAAUCCCCCCUGCUCACCUGGCCUUGAACCCCCACCCCCCUCCAUCUCCUGUUCUGUUAGGCCUUGACCCGGCAGCAGUCAUCACCGCCCCUCAGCUCCCUCCCCUCCCUCCGAUCUCCUCUUCCAACACACCCUCCUCUCGAGUAGAGAAGGUCUCCGGGGGAGGUACUCCCAGCGGUGGAGCAGCUGGUGGUGGUGGAUCCGGAUCAGGCUCGACUUCGUCUUCAUCACGCUCCCGGACUCCGCUGACGGCCGCUCAGCAAAAGUACAAGAAGGGAGAUGUGGUUUGCACGCCAACAGGCAUCCGUAAGAAGUUCAACGGAAAGCAGUGGAGGAGACUGUGCUCUCGGGAGGGCUGCUCUAAAGAGUCCCAGCGAAGAGGAUACUGCUCCAGACACCUCUCAAUGAGGACCAAGGAGAUGGAGGCCAGUGGAGGUGGCCGCGAUAGAGGGGGAGCCAGCAGCACGGGGACCUUGACGCCCUCUGACCUCCGGCUGAGUGGUGGCAGAGCCAGCUCAGAGUUCGACUGGGACGAGACAUCCCGGGAAAGCAGCGAGGCGAGCAGCCGCGGAGGAGACUCUCGCCCCCGCCUCGUCCUGCCAUCACUGCUACCCCAGGACCUCUCUCGCUUCGAUUUUGAUGAGUGUGAGGCGGCGACGAUGCUGGUGUCCCUGGGGGGCUCUCGUUCCGGCACGCCAUCAUUCUCCCCUAUCUCUAACCAGUCACCGUUCUCCCCCACCCCUUCGCCCUCACCCUCCCCUCUCUUUGGCUUCCGCCCAGCUAAUUUCAGCCCCAUAACUCCACCUGCACAUACUCCACGGCGCCUUCGGCAGCUCAGUGGCACCAAAAUGGGUACGCCAGGUGCCGAGAGAGAGCGCCACCUGUCGGGCAUUGUGCCCACUUUCCCAACCAACCUUACAUUCACAGUCCCGAUGAGCCCGAGUAAGAGAAAACUCGACUCUCACCCACCCCCUCCACUGCCUGCAGUACAGGACUAUCAGACCAAACCUGACCAGCAGCAGCUGGUGGGCCUCGGUGGAGUGGUGGGAGAUCCAGCGCUGGGCCACAGCCCCGCUGCCUUUAGAGUCCUCUCACCUCAGAGUCAGCCCACAACCCCAUCCUCGCUGUCCUUCUCCCGGCCUCGCAGCGCCACCAGCAGGCCCCCGUCCUCUGCUGCCUCCACACCUCCGCCCAUGCUUGUCUCGCCGACUCCCCCUUCACCCCUACCCCAGGAUCCUUCCCCACGCCGCAUCGUGCCUCUCCGUGAUUCCCCCGUCAUCGUCCGUAACCCAGACGUCCCUCUGGCCAAGUUCUCGGAUGGUCCCUUAGGAAGGAGAGAGAGAAGCAGGUCGAGGGAGCACAGCCAGCCACAACACGCCGCCCCACCAGGCCUCCAGGCUCCUGUCCCCAUCAACGGGGCCACCACCAACGGGGCAGUCCUCUUACGCAACCCCACUUCUACGCUCGUCCUUGUCACCUCCAGUUCGUCCUUGACUCCAGCCACAGCAGGUCACGCCGCUCUCUCCAGCUCCUCCACCCCUGGAUCGAUGUCGGCCUCGGUGGGCUCGGUCUUGUCCUCGUCUGGUUCUGGAGGCAGGGAGAGGGAGAGAAAACCAGAGGGGCACCAGGACGCCUCUGGAGGGGCGCUGCCACAGCCGGUGGCCUGUCAUCCCACGCCGACAGCCCUGCUGCCGCUCAUACUGCCUGCUGAGUCACCCCACCCUGCUCCACGCAAACAGAUCAUCAUGGGACGCCCGGGGACAGUUUGGACCAACGUGGAGCCUCGCUCGGUGCCAGUGUUUCCUUGGCAUUCGCUCGUCCCUUUCCUGGAGCCCAGCCAAUCAGGAGCAGCCGCCCAGCCCGCUGACGGCCAACAGCUUGUCAAUCAGAGUAAAGAGCCUCGCUUUGCCGUGGCCCUGGUGAGCGACGGCCGCGCCGACCCCCCGGACCUGGAGAGGGGCUCGCCGUCCUGCCCUCCCCCGACCAAUGACAAUCCUCCUGCAGACAGGGGCGGGGCGGACAGCGAGACCGAGAGCGAUACGGACGACCCAUUUUCCCCGGGUGUAGCCAACGAUCCAACGCCUUCCUCUGGACCCAUGAAGCGACGCACUCAGUCCCUCAGCGCUCUGCCCAAGGACGGCGACAGGAAGAGGGAGAAGGACCACAUCCGCCGUCCCAUGAACGCAUUCAUGAUCUUCAGCAAGCGCCACCGGGCCCUGGUGCACCAGCGGCAUCCCAACCAAGACAACCGCACCGUCAGCAAGAUCCUCGGGGAGUGGUGGUACGCUCUGGGGCCCAACGAGAAGCAGCAGUACCACGAUCUGGCUUUUCAGGUGAAGGAAGCUCAUUUCAGAGCUUAUCCAGACUGGAAGUGGUGCAACAAGGACCGGAGGAAGUCGCUGUCGGAGGGCCGCGGCACCCCGAAGGAGCCUCGUGAGAGGAGCAUGUCAGAGAGCACAGAUGCCCAUUCCGAGUCCCAGGUGCUAGAAGGGAGGGGAGGGGCCCCGGGCUGGCCGGGAGGAUCGGAGCGUCGAGGGGGGCUGUUUGGGGGCCAGCACCCCCGCCCCCGAGCUUUUUCCCAGAGUGCCCUGGAGCAGAGGGAGCGGGAGAGAGACCUGGAGAAGGAGGACGGGACGAGCUUGUUUCGCUCUCAUCCUCCACCCCCGUCGCUGUACCCGGGCGGACUGGGCGAGGACGUGACCAGCGAUGAGGAGCGCAUGGUCAUCUGCGAGGAGGAAGGCGACGACGACGUGAUGGAGGAUUCCUGCCCUGAAGGCUCCAUCGACCUCAAGUGUAAAGAGAGAGUGACGGACAGCGACGAGGACGAGCCAGACGGACAGCAUGGCUUCAAGCCAGUGGCUCGCUCCUCUCUCUCCUCCUCUCCCUCCGUUCCUCAGUCCGACUCCUCAUCUUCUAAAGGGACUGGAGGAGGAGGAGGGGGAGGAGGGGGAGGAGGAGGAGGAGGAGGUGCUGAAGACGGAUCUGAGAAGAAAAGGAAGAGAGGCAUGGAUGGGAGAGAAGAGGGUGGCGAGGGAGGGGUGAAGAAAGAGGAAACAGUGACAAAUGGAGGGGAUGGAGGUGGAGACGGCGUCUCCUCUCUGUCCGUCACAGGCUCCACACCCGUCACCCAAACUCCCGUCACCCAGCAGGGCUUGAGCCCGGUCACGGGCGCCGUCCGCAUGGCCUCCACCAUGGUGACCAGUGUGGUUCGUCCCAUCGCCAGCACCCCCGUCCCCAUCGCCAGCAAGCCGGUGGAGGCCGCCAUCACGCUCAGCUCCCUGCCCCAGGACAAGAAAGCCACUCUCCUGAUUGGAGGAGGCGGGGCUCAGCAGCUGCCCAUCACAGCAGGGGGUGGGUACCUGUCGUCGUCCUCCCCCGGCGCGGUCGGUGUAACCCCAGUGGGAGGCGGCGGCCUGGUCACUAGUCUAGUUCUGGGAGGGUCCUUCCCCGCCGCCCAGCCGGUGCAGCUCCUCACCCCACAGCCGCAGACCCCCCUCCCCGUCCUCCAGCCUCAGCUCCACCCGUCUGCCGCCACCUCCGCCCUCACGCCUCCCGCCUGCCCCAAGCCGCUAGCGCAGGUCCAGUACGUCCUGCCCGCCGAGGGCCCCUCCGCCCCUCCACUCACUCACCAGCAAAUCCUCUCCCCGCCCGUCAAUGCCGCCCUGGCCAAUGGCGUGCACCCGGGGGCAGGAAGCAGAGUCAGCCCCGGGACCAGAGUCCAAACCCAGUCGCCAGUCUCGCAGAGCAAGAUGUUGGUUCCCAUGGCAACAGUGAGAACAGGGUCUACUCCUCCUCAUCCCUCCAUCUCCCUGGUGGCUCCGCCUCUUCCUGUGCAGAACGGGCCCGCAACAGGAAACAAGAUCAUCCAGAUUGCUCCCAUGCCUGUGGUGCAGACCAACGUACAUCCUGGCGGCGCGGCAGCAGUGCACCCUGGGAGUCCCUUUCCAGUUUCCGUGGCAACAAUGAUGGCUCCCGGAGCGGCUCCCCCGCAGACCGUUCUCCUGACCUCCCCUCCUGCCAGGAUCACCUACGUCCAGUCCGGUCCGGGAGUCACCGCCGCGUCGCCGCAGCCUCCCGGCCCCGCCUAUCUCCCAUCGCCCCUGGCGACCCUGGGCUUCACCGCCAUCGCCCCGGCUGGGCAAACUCUGGUCCAGCCGCUCGUCGGUCAGCAGCCGCUGCUCGCUCCAGCUCCGCCCCCGAGCCAGUCGCAGACGCCGCCGGGCCAGACCGCAGCGACCCCGGGUCGCCAGGUACUGACUGCCAUCUACCCCGCCCCCACCGUCACGCUGGCCACCGGGGUGGUCUCCGUGGCGUCCGUGCCGCCGGCGCCGGACGCGACGAGCCCCUCCUCUCCUGUGGCGCCGGGGGUGCAGGGCUCGGCGGCGGGGAGCCCUCAGCUGGAGGCGGAGGUGAAGCGCGAGAGCCAGCUGGACGCUCAGGCCGAGGACGGAGCGCAGGAGACGUCGCGCUGUUCGAGCUCCCCCGAGGCGUCCUGCAUCAGCGGCGGAGCCGUUCAAGUGAAAAAAGAGGAAGAAGUUGUUCUGCACAUCAAAGAAGAAAACAUGAGGGACGGAAACGGGAAAGAGAAUCAAAGCGAGCAGGAGGAAACGCGAGAGAAGGAGGCGGCGGAGAGCGUGGAGAAGAAGAGAGGCAGAGAGGAGAGAGACGACCACGGCAAAGAGGCGGGACCUCGCUCUCCGGCGCCGCCGGUCCCGGGCCUGGACCCCCCUCCCCCGCCCGCCGCUGACACCCCCACUUCCUCAAAGAAGACCAAGUUUCGACCUCCGCCACUCAAAAAGACUCCCGACUCGCACGACAAGGUUUUAUCGGAGACGUACUUCGAGGAGCGCUUUGCCGAGCUUCCGGAGUUCAACCCGGAGGAGGUGCUUCCCUCUCCCACUCUGCAGAGCCUGGCCACUUCGCCCAGAGCCAUCCUGGGAAGCUACCGCAAGAAGAGGCGCAACUCCACGGAGCUGGAGCAGACGGCAGAAGACCCCAGCUCCCCGAGGAGGAAGACCCGCCGCCUGUCCAGCUGCAGCUCAGAGCCCAACACCCCCAAGAGCGCCGCCAAGUGCGAGGGAGAGAUCUUCACCUUCGACAGAACCGGUUCAGAAGCCGAGGUUCCUCUGGGGGAGUUGGACCGGGUUCCCUACUCGUCUCUGCGGAGAACGCUGGACCAGCGCCGGGCUCUGGUCAUGCAGUUGUUUCAGGAGCAUGGCUUCUUCCCCUCAGCUCAGGCCACCGCGGCGUUCCAGGCACGCUACUCCGACACUUUCCCCACCAAGGUGUGCCUGCAGCUGAAGAUCCGUGAAGUCCGUCAGAAGAUCAUGCAGACGGCCACGCCUGGAACUCUGGAGCCCGGCGGCAUGGCGGAAGUCAGCCCCGCCCCCUCCCACAGCGCCUCCUUCAGUCAGCCAGGCCGGGAGGACGGCGGGGCGGAGCAGCAGGGAGACAGAGGCCGCAGCCCAGAGGAGCCGAAGAGCGAAGGAUCGUAAGCUGGAGAGGAUGACGCAGCAGAGAAGGAGCGAGAGACGGAGAGAGAGGAGUGUGAACAGUACCGAGGACACCUCCGGGAGGAAGCGGCGCUCCGGCGCUGAUCUCCGCCAGACCUGGGCAGAAUCAUGGAAUGAAGUUACAAAUACUCAAACUACCCAAGAGGCGCCUGGAUCUUCUACAAUCAGACCUUUGAAAGAAAAAACAAAAAGAGCCUCAAAAGUGGUGAAAACACACGCUGAGUCAUGAUGAGUCAUGUGCUUCUUGGUAGUACUGUUUCCCUUUUAAUUUCCAAGUAUCCUCAAUGUUUUAUAGCAAACACUUUUGCCCAGGUCUGCUCUCAGCACAUUUGUACAGUAGUUUGUAGUUUGACACACAAGCUCUGUGGUACACACUCUAUCUCUCUGGCACCACACACACACACACACACACACACACACACACAAAGCAAACAAACAAACCAAGUCUGGUGCAAAUCUCCAGCAUGCACACACACUUGCACACACCUACCAAAUCAGACUGUUACUCUUGGUUGGUCGUCCCCAGGAGCCGCAACCAAGGAGCACCACACACAAAGGCACUUUGUCACUUACCGUGCAGAUGCAGUUUGCUGUCGCCAGCCCUCAGAUGCCAUUGACUUGACCUCCCUCAUCGCCCUUCCACUCCUCAGCACAGUGGAUCGGGACGCAACCACAACCCCAACGACCUCCACUGAUAUUCCACAGCCCCUCGAUGCUGCAAGACAGACAGCACACAUACACAUACACACACACACACACACACACACACAAACACACACAUACACACACUGAACGGACACGUCUGUGCAGUGUGAGCACUUGUACACAAACACAGUCGACCCUGGUCUGACCAAGCCAUCAGCCUGCACAGUCUUUAGUGAUUGUAGUGAGAAGAGACACUGAAAGCGAAGAAGAAUCGAGCCGCUCCUGCAAAAACCCGACGAAAGCAGCGGGAGCCGGGACGUCGUGUGACCAAUAUUUGCACCUUCAGUUAUUGCCAUUAUGAAAGACUGAGUCCUCACUGGCAGGGGCUGGUGAUGUAUGUCUGUAUGUCUGUGGGGGUCUGGCCCCUGAAAAACCUGUGUCAGCAGGCACCGUAAAGAGAUUAUGUAAAGAGACUAUUGAUUGUGAGGCUUUGAAGAAUCAACGUUCAAAUCGGAGCGGCUCCAGGCAGAGCACAGAAGAGAAAAGGCAGAAGAGGAAACCGGACGACGUUCAUUGGAUGCAAGCUUCGUACUCCAAUAAUAGGAAGAGGUAAACGUGGUGUUUAAAGGACAAAAACCACCCGACAACAGAGAGGAAACGUAGAAUCUGAAUCAAACUUCUCUUAAUCUCCCCGUGGAUAUGAUGUUGCUUUCUCUCGUUAUCGUUGCCGUAUCCCAGUUUGACCGUGGCCUGUUUUUCUCUCUCGUGGCUCUAUUGUGUUUCUCCUCCAGUAUAUAUAUAUAUACACAAAAAAAAUCACAACAAAAAAAAAA